AUGUACCGUCAAGUGGUAGUGGCACCAGAGGACAGGGACCUCCAGCUAAUUCUUUAUCGGAAAAGUCCUACUGAGAAGUUACAAGAAUACAGACUAUGUACUGUAACAUAUGGCACGAAAUCAGCAUCGUAUUUGGCUACUCGUUGUCUAGCUGAGAUAGGAAAAUGCACAGACGAUCCCAAAUUAAGUCGAGUAAUCACUCAAGACUUUUAUGUUGAUGAUCUCCUGAGUGGCGGAGUAUCUGAAGACGAAUGUUUUCAAAUCUAUAGUUUGCUGUUGACGMUUUUCAAUCCAGCUGGAUUUUCACUUCGUAAAUGGUGCUCCAAUUCAGUCAAUCUUAUCAGCCAAAUACCCACAGCAUGCAAUGACCCAACUUUUGUAUUAAAAGUCAAUGAAGACGACAUGAUUACAGCUWUAGGCCUUACGUGGCAGCCCAUUACUGAUCAAUUUCGUUUUACGUUCAAGCAUUGGUCACCGCCGCCAAACAUGACAAAGCGUACAUUGUUAUCUGACAUCAACUCAGUCUAUGACCCCAUUGGCCUUAUAUCACCUGUACUCAUCCUUGGAAAAAUUUUCAUUCAACAAUUAUGGGGAAUGAAAAUGAACUGGGACGACAUUCUCCCAACUGAAUUGCAAUCUCGUUGGAUAAACUUCUACAAUUCACUUCAGUCUCUGCAUGAAUUAGCCAUACCACGUAAAGUUGUCGGUACUGCGGAAUCAAAGAUCACCAUUCAUGGAUUUUGUGACGCAUCACAGGAAGCCUUUGGUGCAUGCAUUUACUUGCAUUCCACCAGUCCCAAUGGUCAAGUACAAGUACUUAUCUUGGCAUCCAAAUCUCGUGUGGCUCCAAUGAAGGCUACUACCAUUCCUAGACUUGAACUGUGUGGUGCAGUAUUGCUGGCUGAACUGUUGCUUGAAGUAAAAAAUGAACUCAAUUGCUUAGGCAUGCAAUUUAAUACAAACGAUGUUCUGCUAUGGACUGAUUCAUCAAUUGCUUUGGCUUGGUUAAAAAAUGAAGUUCCCUUGCAAUCAUAUGUAGCAAACAGAGUAGCUCGAAUAUCAGACAUUACAACUUAUAUACAAUGGCGCCAUGUUGGUUCCAAGGAUAAUCCUGCUGAUUUAAUUACCAGAGGCACUCACCCAUCUACUCUGCCAUMCUUGUCAAUAUGGUGGAAUGGCCCAUCUUGGUUGCUUUCGGGUAGUGACUCAUGGCCUUGUAUUCCAGUGCUACCAUCAGAAAUCCCUGAAGUUCGUCCAGUAAAAUUAUUACUCACUAUAUCUCAGUCGUCCAAUUCUUGGUUACUGGAAAAGUAUUCGAGUUACAUGCAACUUAUACGCAUAACAGCUCUAGUCCAAAGAUUUGUACACAAUUGCAAAUUACAGAAACACAUGAAUCAACGUGUGACAGGUGCAUUGAGUAUACUUGACCUCAAGGUCUCCCGAGAAUUUUGGAUUUGCAAAAUUCAGUCUGAAGCUUAUCCCUUGGAGCUAAAAGCUUUUUCUUCAAUCUUACCCAUUCACCGGUCUAGCUGUUUAUUGAAGCUUAAUCCAUUCAUUGAUAGCAAUGGUAUUUUACGUGUAGGGGGUCGAUUAGCUUAUGCACCAAUAAGUGAUGACUCGAAAUUUCCAAUUGUUUUGCCACCGUCAUCAACAUUCACAAAAUUGUUAUUCAAAUAUGAACACUUAAGAUUAUUGCAUGUUGGUCCACAAGCACUGCUUGCACAUAUUCAAAUAAAUUAUUGGCCCAUCCGUGGACGAACUCUUGCCAGUCGUACCAUUCAUCAAUGCAUUCAAUGUUUCCGAACCAAUCCAAGAUCAAUAACACCAUUCAUGGCCCCACUACCUCGUCAACGAAUCACUAUUGAAAGACCGUUUUCUCAAUGUGGAGUGGAUUUCUGCGGCCCAAUAAUGAUUYGUAGUGGCAUUCAUCGUGUGAAGAGCGAAAAGGCGUAUAUUUCUGUAUUUGUGUGCUUGGUCACACGCGCAAUUCAUUUGGAGCUAGUUUUCUCUUUGACUGCCGAUGCAUUUUUAGCUACGCUAACCAGAUUCAUGUCUCGCCGUGGACAGUGCAAAAACCUGUUCAGUGAUAACGGCACAAAUUGUAUUGGUACGAAUCGCAAACUUAUGGCUCAAUUCCAGGAAAUUGCCAAGACUCAUAAAACUUCAUUGUUUCUUACUGAAAAAUCAAUUCAAUGGCAUUUCAUUCCACCCUCAGCACCUCAUUUUGGGGGUCUAUGGGAAGCUGCGGUUAAGUCUUCAAAACAGCUCCUGACCAAGAUUUCAUUAAAUGCAACAUUUACAUUUGAAGAAGCAACUACGUUAUUGUGCGGAAUAGAGGGAGUAUUAAAUUCUAGACCCAUGACUCCAUUAUCUAAUGAUCCAUCAGGCUGUCAAGCUUUAACACCCGCUCACUUCCUGAUUGGUGGAAUUAUCACCCUACCACCUGAUUCAGAUCUAUCAGCUGUUCCAAUGUCCAGACUUAAAAGAUUUGAAAUGACAAGUAUACGAUACAGUAAAAGACACAAUGUCAUAUUAGAACUUGGAAUACAAACAUAA